UGUUUAGCAGUCGUAGUUUCCGAAAGCCCUUAGCAACGAUCCUCGGCCAUAGCAUACUGGCGACGAGAAUAAAAAGAAACGUGGUACAAUCACGGUGUAAGGAAAAUUGGUUCAAUAGUUUACUCGCGUGAUAGUCGAGCAGUAAAAAUUGGACGUUUGCGUUUUAAUUGAAAUCGUAAAAAACGCUAUGGCAAUGUCAGUAGAAGAUGAAAAUAAAAUGGUCACUGUGACCGUAGACAAAAGAACAAAAGGGAAGUUUCCUGUGUAUGUACCUGGGUUAAAUGUGAACUCUUAUCUACAAACAGUAGAUAUAUUUUUUGCUUUGAAUAGAACUCCAGACGACGAAAAGGCGUUGGAAUUCAUAACCAGUGUUGGUCAAGAGACGGCCAACCGAAUAAUUGGCAGUUUCAAACCGAAUAGGAUCGUUGAUAAAACAUACGCGCAAAUAGUGGAUAAGUUUAAAGUCUUACACGAAGAGAACAAAAAUGUGUUUGCUGAACGGCAUCGGUUGAUAACGCGGAAACAAGAAGAGGGCGAAUCGCUGGACGAUUUCGCUAUAGAUUUACAGAACAUUGUUGAACAUUGUAGUGUGAGCGUCGAUACGGAAGCUACAUUAGUGCAAUCAGUAUUCGUGGCAGGGAUUCGGAAUGAAAAAACAAGAGAGACUAUGAUACGGGAUGCAAACCAUACGCUAAACCUAGCUCAACUACUAGAAAAAGCUAAAACAGUUGAGAUAGCCGCCUUCGAGGCUCGAAAAAUGUCUAAGCAAAGUUCCAGCAUGGUUAAUUAUGUGGGUCAAAACAAUUCAGUGCGUAACAGAAGUUUCAUCAAACCAGGAAGGUUCCACGAAAGUGCAUGUUCCGGGCAAGGACCGAAGGAUAUUUCGAGUCAUCGAGGAAAUUUUAAAGUUAGCAGCGACACGGUGUGCUACAAUUGUUAUAAUAAAGGUCAUUUGUCUUAUAACUGCACGCUGCCCAAAGUUAAGAAGCCACGCCAUGGAUCUCCAAUACCUAGAAAUAAUUCAGUGAGGAAGAGAGCUUUCGAAGAACGGAUCAACCAAUUAUCAGCAGCCAUGGAAGAUCUCAAAAUGAGUUUAGGCGACGAGAAUGCUACAGGUGAUGAUCAGUCAGGGGAAGAACUGGACACCGAGGAUGCCCAAUCAAAUUGGAUUAACAAUAUAUUGCUCGAUCGACAAUGAAAUCAAAAAAAUUUUGCAUCACCACCAUCAAUCACCAACUACCGAAGACAACAUAAUACCGAAUGAACGAAUUUUUGCUUUCCCACCUCGCACGAAGCUGUCUGCCCUAAGAGGGAAUAAUAAAACAUUCCAUUACGACGACAACGCUCAAAAUACGCCAACAGUUUUCAAAACCAACAGUAAAAUAAUUUAUACAUAUAAAUCAAAUGGUAGAGCUCUUAGCACAGAAGGUACCAUAUUAAAAAAAAUAUCGAAUCUAACUUAUUUGAUAGACGUAAAUGGCGGUACCCGUAAAGCGCAUAGAAAUCAAUUAAAACACAUUCCCCAGAAACCAUUCGUUCUGAAAAAUUCUAUCGCUCCGGAGUUAGCGGCAGAAUACGAUCUACAAAACGAAACAAUCAGGUCAGAGAUUAAAACAGAACAUAAACAUACACCAUCAAGUGCAUUGCCUAAACUAAAAACAAAACCAGUAUUACGGCGAUCUACUAGAUAUAUAAAAUCAAAGUACAAAAAUCUUAAUUUAGGGCAACUAGUUAAGAAGAAGAAAUCCAAAUGAAAUAAUUGUUUAAGUUUAUUUUUGAAUACCCAAACAUUGCAUAAUAUUGAAUUUAAAAAAAGAUGAAUUAUGAAUUUAAGGAGGGAGAUGUGAGAGGCGAGAUGAGAUGUAUCUCAUCUCAUAGCGAAGAACAC